AUGCACAAAGUUUACAGGCGAGGACGGUGGCGACGACAUACGAAGACUUUGGAAAAGCGUGAUCCCUCGUUGAUCGACCUUCCCUUCCCUCUUCCCUCCAUCCCAGUGCUCACACCCUUGCUCUCGCCCUUGCUUUCGCCCUUGAUUAGCGGGACCGACCCGGAGGCUGCAGAUCCUUCUUCCUCUUCGUCAUCUGAAACCGCACCUUCGUCUGCCGUGGCUCCUGGUUCAAGUCAGAAUUCAAGUCCAAGUUCAAGCCCAAGCCCAAGUCCAAGCUCAAGCCCAAGUCCAAGCUCAAGCCCAAGUCCAAGCUCAAGCCCAGGCCCAAGCUCAAGCCCAGGCCCAAGCUCAAGCCCCAGUCCGAGUCCGAGUUCUACUGCGCCGGCUUCUAAUCCCAAUGGAAAUGGGGGUCAGUCGGUUUCUGGGGGAUCAUCUGACGACAAUGGGUCAGGAAGUACUACGGGAAAUGGUGGUGGAAGUGGGGAUGGGACAUCCGGCAGCAGUGAUAAUGGUUCCAGCGAGAGCGGUUCGGCAAGUGGUGAGGAUCCCGGCUCUAGUGGGAGCUCGAACGGUGCGGCUGGCGGCAACGGCAACGACCGUGGGACUGCAGCCAGCAGCUCCAGUAGCGACGACGACACCGGUACCUCCCAAUCAUCGACCCCAUCCACCGGAUCAGGUUCAAAUACUUCAGACGAAUCACCGGGUUUGAAUGAGGCCAGUGGUGUAGCAGGCGAUGACCAGAGCAGCAGCUCAUCUUCUUCGUCUCAAGCAAGUGGAAUUUCUUCUCAAUCCACCGGCCAGACGUUGGCUGCCGCAGGGACAGCAGCCGCUUCUCCUACGCCCUUCGAAGGUAUUGUCAAUGCAGAGGUAGAUGGUAGCUCUGGUGGAAAUUCCACGAGCUCUGGCAACGGCGCUGUAGGAGGUGCCAGCGGUGGCAUAUAUGUCUCUGUGACUUCAGGCCGCUCUGGAACUGCUACCGUGUUGUAUUCAAACGGUGCGCCCAUUUCGACCGCGACCGGUGCCAUCAAUUAUCCUGGUUCACCUUGGGUCACAUCUGCUCACCCUUCCAAUCCGUCUUCCACGGAAAGUGGUGGUCCCAAUUCUUCGUCGUCAGGUUCCCACGGAGUUUCGGAUUCACAUCAUGGACUCUCGAGGGGUGCAAUUGCCGCUAUUGCGACGGUUGCUACCCUGUUGUUCCUCCUGCUCGUCUUCUGCCUCUGCCGCAGGCGAUUCAUUAAGCGGCGUCUCAGCACUCGGAGGCUUUGGGCCUUCGGUGGUAGAUAUGGAAGCACUGGGGUUCAUGCUGGAAUCAGCAACGUCAGCUAUUUUGCUGCCCACUCAGACUCUGGCACCUCAUCCCUACGCAGUAGCGUCAGCAGCUUCGGCUCAACAUACGACCGUGACCAUCUUAAUUUGCCACCGAUGGUGGAAACUCUUGGUGCACCCCCGGUCGUCAGUGUGCCACUGCCAUCGCCGUCGGUUCGGACGUCGAUGACGCAGGUAUGGCCCAGCCGUCUGAGUGGCUCGAUCUGCGUACCUCCUCUUGCCGCCACACUUAUGAGCGAACCGUCGUCGACCAUCAGGAGCCCCGAUCGUCAGACGUUCCGCUAUAGCAGCAAUAGCCCGAAAUCCGGUCACUCAGACGAGAGCUGUGGGGAGCCGAGUCCGACGACACAAUAUCGCAUGGUGCCUCCUCCUGCGGCGGGGAAUGGUUCGCCGUGUAGUCAGGAACGCUCAUCUCCCAUACUAGUGCGACCGUUCUCACCCUCCGAAAGCUGGUCCUUCCCCAAGCCUCCGAGCGAAAGUGUGCAGCGCCAGUCGCUAUUCCUAGGCGUGUCUGAAACGGCGCGUCAUUCCGACUAUGGGGCAGCACCGGAGAAUCCCUUCGCAGACUUCACGAGCGUGGAAUCGCGGACCGAGGAGUCGUGCCUGAGCGUAGACACCGAGACGGCGUCGCACUUCGCGGUCGUCGAGACCAUCCGGCGGCCGUUCAUCCCCACGAUGUGCGACGAAAUGGCUGUCGCGGCCGGCGAGCGCGUGCGGAUGCUCCAGCGCUUCUCCGACGGGUGGGCGUGCGCGGAGAAUGUCGCAAGUGGGAAGCGCGGGCUCAUCCCUAUCGACUGCUUGCGGGAGGCGGAGCAGGACCUGCCUGCAUUCCUGGCGGCUAAGCGGCUGAGCAGCUAUAAUCGCCCGCCCAUCCCCGAUUUCCAGGUGAUGGCGAUAUAG